GUGUUAGGCUACCCGCCCGGGUAUCUAAAGCAGGCACAGGUGAGCACACUGUCCAUCUUCGACGACUCCGCGCCCACCGCCGGCGCCAAAGAGGACGGAGAGAUACCGGAGCCGUCGACCUCUGCCACAGCCAAUGGCUCAGGGGUUCAGUACAAUAAGGACUCGUUCGUCGAGUACCCGGGCUUUAAUACACCCGUUCCCACAGGCAUUAGAGAUGACUGGUAUUACCUGCGAAUGCCGCCGAUGUUAGAGCAACAGCAGCUGAAGGAGGCGCUCAAGACUAUGCACGUGACAGAGCCGGUGCCCUACAAAAGGAGGCGUGCGGUAGAGCCCACGUCCACCACGACCUCCAGUUCCCCGUUUAAAUCGCCCGAUUCCAAACUCGACGACAGGUCAACGAGGGAUACGAACAAUGGUUUCGCGAAUGGGAAGCAAACGAGUGGCGAAUCGGAAGAUAAUGGUUUGAAUGCAGCGAAAUGUGAGCCAAUUGUGAGCAAAGAAGCUGAAGAUGUCGUCACAAUCAGCGACGAGUCGGCCGAUGAGGUGUCGGACGUGAAUGACAUGAAUGGCAGCAAAUCGUCGCUGAAUUCGCUGAACGAAAGCACUGACAGCGCGAGGAGACUGAAGAUGAUAGCGAUGGGGAGUCCGAUGCCGGCGUCCGAACGGCCCGUUAGGCCGUCCCUCGAGAAGUGGUCGGAAGGCAUGGGAGAGCUGUUGUACUUCGAGAAUAUUCCCAACUAUACCGGGAAUUACAAGAAUAAAAUGAAGGGAAUUAUCGACAAAAUAAGGCUAAAGAAUAGCCAAACGUAGCGCACAAUUAGACUAUAAUUAAUGACAAAUAAAAUCUAUUUUGAUUUCAUUAUAUGUUUAUGUCUUUCCAUUUCAUGUGUAAAUUGCAUUCAUUUGUAUUUUUAAUUGUAUAAUACUUUAUGCCUGAAAUGCAAAUCAAUUGUUACAAAUUUAUAUUCACUUUUAAAUACAUAGACA